ACUGUAGUUCGGUGGAGUUCAACACAGAAACAAAAGAACAAGGGCGGUGAGGGGUGAAGAAGAAAAGUAGGAGGAAGUAAACGCUGCAUAUCCCAGCUGUUUGGAUUAUUAAGGUGGAUGAGGGCUGAUAGUGAAUAUUCUGUUUUGUCUUAAGUUUUGCAUGUUUGAAUCUAUUUACAUGAAGUAGAUGUUGUAGACUUUACGUGAUAGAAGUUCCAAUAAAUAAUUUAUGUUGCUUAGACUCGGCAGGAAAGAAGAAAGUGAUUACACAGGUACGACGUAUUGCAGCAGUUAGGUCUGGAGCUACAUAAUUAGAAUACAAAGAUCUAUCGCGUGCGUUGCCUUUUAGACAACACUGGGGGGGUCAGCAUUUACGUCGUAUCAGUGUUAAGCGUAACGGCGAAUUGUAUUAUAUUUACACUGCACAAUUGCACAUUUUGAGGCCAAAUUAAAAUGGCCCAGCAGCCCACAAGUAGUGCCCUUCGUGCCCUCGCGUUGGAGUAUAAGAGUUUGCAAGAAGAACCAGUAGAAGGAUUUCGUGUGAAACUUGUUAACGAAGACAAUUUAUUUGAGUGGGAAGUGGCGAUUUUUGGACCUCCAGAUACCUUGUACCAGGGUGGAUAUUUCAAGGUUGAUCCUAAUGAUGGAGGCAGCAGGUUACUCCAAAAUGUUACUUCCUUCGAAGCAACGCAUAUGCGGCAUUAUCUUCAGGCUCACAUGAAGUUUCCUCCAGAUUACCCAUACUCUCCACCAAGCAUACGAUUCCUCACUAAGGUCUGGCAUCCCAAUGUAUAUGAGAAUGGUGAUCUGUGUAUUUCGAUUCUGCAUCCACCAGUUGAUGACCCUCAGAGUGGAGAACUUCCCUGUGAAAGGUGGAAUCCUACGCAGAAUGUUAGAACAAUUCUGUUGUCUGUGAUAUCACUGUUAAAUGAGCCCAACACAUUCAGUCCUGCGAAUGUUGAUGCCUCAGUGAUGUACAGACGUUGGAGGGAUUCAAAAGGAAAAGAUAAAGAGUAUGAAAACAUAAUACGGAAACAGGUCUCAGCAGCAAGGCUGGAAGCAGAGAAGGAUGGGGUUGUGGUGCCACUCACAUUGGAAGAUUACUGUAUCAAAACUAAGGUGAAGCCCCCAGAACACUCGGUGGACAUGACAGAUUUUUAUGACGAUGAUUAUGACUUAGAUGACGAAGAUGAUGAAGAUGAUGACUCAGGUGAUGGAGAUUAUGAAGAUGGAGAUGACAGUGGCAAUGGAGAGUCGUGAUAGCUGUAACUGUCAUCUGGUGAGAGGAAAUGGAAAUUGUGCAUAAGAGACAAUGUUGCACAUUUAUAUUUCAUCCCGGUGAAAGACAAAUGUAAUUCUCUGAUUAGAUGUGUGUGAAUGAGUGAAGUUAAGGAAAGUGUUCCUUUUUCUUUCCUAUGCUGGAAGUGAAACAAGCCUGUGGGAACACAAAUUGAAUUCUGCAAUAAAUGUUGUCAUACUGGUAUGAGCACUUGUAGAGCCGCGUACGAACUACAAUUCUCAAAUUACAUGGAAAUGUAAUGUAAAAUUUUAAUAAAUGUGAAUACUAUGUUUAAUUGUUCAGUGAGUAGAUUUAUGUGGUAGUGUUGCUUUGCACACUGUGUCUCAAAGACAUCCCUCUGUAGUAAUCAUAUGGACUGUGAAAUAUGAAGUUGUAUUAUGCAGUAACACAGAACAUGAAACACAUCUCAGUUAUUUUAUUUAAUGUACCAUGUCAUUUUAUAACAUAAACAAUAAAGGCAAACUAUCCCUCA